CUCAACUCCUCACUUCCCCCGCCGCCUGCUCUCCUACUCGGCUACUCUCCCCGCCACAUCCUCAUCUUUGCACGUUGUCGCACGCCGCCUCCACUCCAGCGCGCCUUCAUACCCCACCUCUUCUCCCGCCUCGACAUGGCCCGGCGCCUCCUCCUCCCUUCCCCCACCUCCGGCCUCGCCCCGUCGCCUCUUUCCCCACCACGGCGCAUCUACGUGGGGACGGCGCUUCGAUCCGGAGCUCAAUGGCAUCCCACAACCGCGAGCACCUCAGGCUCAAGCGGCACCAGAUGGAGCAGAUUCGCGUUGUCGUCAAGGGUCAUGGAGCUCAGGACGCCGCGCUCCCCCCUGCUCCGACGCCAGCAAGCACCACCAAGUCAACUCGAUGCAUGGGGAGGAGGAUUCCUGUUCUCAAGACGCCGUGCCGCCAUGGAAGGCACAAAUAUGGCUCACAUUGUGUUCCCCUCAAGAAAAGAAAAGAAAAAAGAAAGAAAAGAAAAGAUGGUGCUCACUUCCAAGUCGUACGAUUCAGAUAUGAUUGUUUCUGGAUGAUAAAAAGUGACAGGCGCCAAGUUAUUAUUUGGUGGCCACAUCUCAUGGGAGGUGUUGUGUCAACUGCAUUGGCCUACAAUUCGUGGGAUUCAAAUUUGGAGUAAUACAUCUUGCCCAGUUUCACCGUGUGGAAUACAUGGGCUGGGUCCUCGGCCCCAUCGCCCUCAUCGCCUGCGCCUACAUCACCUAUUACUCCGCUGUCCUCCUCUCCGACUGCUACCGCUCGCCGGAACCCGUCCGCGGCAAACGGAACUACGUACAUUUGUACAUGGACGCCGUCCGCCCCUGUCUCGGGCCUGGAAAUCUAGCGCUGUGUGGCAAGGAACUACAUGAUUCUUUAUGCAUCAACAGUUGCCACGGGCAUCAUGUCCGUGGUGCCCAGCAACUGGCGCCAUUAGAAGGGCCACGAUGCAAACUGCAGCCAAGAUGGGACGAUGUAACUGGUGAUGUUUGGCCUCGACAAGUCGUCCUCGCGCAGCUGCUGGGCCUGGAGAUCGGCACCUUCGUCUCCAUCGUCGCGGCCAUCAUGUCCUUCACAUACUUCUUCGUUGUGCCGACCUGCGCGUAAGGAAAGGGCGGAGGCGGCGUGCGGCCACGUGCGUCAGUCGGCGACCAAGGAGCGGCAGGCGGUGACCUGUGCGUAAGGAGUGGCCGGCGAGCGGCGGAGGCCAACGCGGAACGGUGGCGAUGAUGGGCCGGAAAGCGGCGGAGGCCAACGCGGAACGGUGGUGACGAUGGGCCGCCGUCUGACCCUCCAACACCGCCGCCUCUCACAGUGCCUCUUUUUUCGUUGUCGCCACCGAUCUCCGUCGUCGCCAUCGAUCCGUGUCGGAGGCCCAUGUGGCAUGGGGCGUAGGAGCGUCCGGCGGGCAAAGGCAGGCGACAUGGUCGCGGGGCAGUUGUUUUGAGCGAGCACGAGCAACACAUCACACAAAUUAAGGGGAUCUGAUUGCAUUCAGUUUCCUAUUUUCGUGCCUGAUUGCGGACGUGGGACGGGCGGGCGGCAGAGUUUUCGUCCGCCAGGGGAAAUUUGUAAAGGCACUCUUGACUCACGGGCAAUGUAAUCUGGACGGCUGAUAAAAUUAAGUGAUUCUCAUCCUAAGGCUAUAAUUAGUGAGGGAUGUUACGUGUA